AUGGUGCAUCAAGUCAAUACAUAUUGGAAAAACGUCCUGAUCAUUGUACCCUUCGUAGGGGCUGGGCUGGCUACCAUGACCUACCUGUUGCGUCUCUAUGGCCGGCGGAUGAAAGCGGUGGGGCUUCUGUUGGAAGAUUAUCUAAUGGGAGCUGGUCUGAUCAUCUCCUUCGCAGUGACGGCGUUUGUGGUAGAUACCGCAUUCAAUGGCGUUGGUCUACCGAUCGCAUCGCUCCCCAAACAUGAACGGCAGCGGAUUCAAUUCGGAUCAUGGAUGAUACAAAAAUUCUGGGCUCCUGCAAUGGCAUUUGUCAAGAUCUCCAUUGUCAUCUUUGUCAAACGGCUCUUUGGAACGAUCCGGGCAUACGUUGUGAUUUCCUACUGCCUCAUCGGAUUUAUCACCGCAUGGGCCCUCGCAGCCCUGUUGACCAAUAUCUUCCAAUGCAUACCGGUGCAGUAUUACUAUAACAAAGAUUUGAAAGGACACUGUAUGUCGGGACAGGUUCAAUUCUUCCAAGCUAUGGGCUCAAUCGCAUUGGUUGAAGACGUGAUCAUUCUCUGUCUACCAAUUCCGGUGUUUUGGAGGUUACAGAUCAACAAUCGGCAGAAAUUAGCAUUAACCCUGGUGUUUUCGCUGGGGGGACUUGUCUGUAUCUUCAGUCUGAUGCGCCUGAUUGAAUUCCGCGAAUUUCAACUCACCGACCUUGCGGCCUCCAGCGCCAAAGAGUCCAUCUGGACUUGCCUCGAGCUCGAUGUAGCCAUCAUUUGUGGCUGUCUGCCAUUUCUGAAUCCACUUGUCCAAGGGGUCCGCAGCAAAGUCAGAAGUGAGGCAUCGAAAUAUCAUUCUCAACGUUCGACUGGAUCUAACCUCUAUUUACACACGUUGCGGGGAAAUAAAGGCGAUUUCCGAGAGCUCGAUAGUGAUUGUGGGGAGUCGGCGCACGAACAUGGCCGCAAGGCCAUGGCUGCGGCAAAUCAACAGAGCUCCGAUUUAGAGAAUAAUCGGCGUAAUGUGGACGGGCGGUUCAACAAUAUCAUGGCCUCGUAA